AUGGAGUGGAUGACUAUUUUCUAUAUGCUUUUCUUCUGUUCCAGUACAGCACUGACUGCAGCUCCACACAAAGCAGCAAAAUACCUGCAGCUUUUAAAGUCAAUCAAUGAGUUAGAAAUCAGAGUGAAAGAUAAGGGUGUUGAAUUGCUGCAUACACCAGAAAACCCUGUGGAUGAAUGCCUGUUCACAGCUGUGACUUGCUUCCAGAACGGCACACUGAAAUUACAACCAAACAACAGCCAAGAAAAUUCUACGUUCACUAAAGCCAUUAAAAACUUGAGAAGAUUGAUUGUCAGAGACUCUGGAAAGUGCGAGUCUUCGUGUGAAUCUUAUGAGAAAAAAACACCCAAAAUGUUUUUGAAGAGCUUUGCAAAACUAAUCCAAAAGGUAAUCAUCAGAGUUGAUUCCUCUGGGGUGCUUCUUGACAUUUUACAAACAAUUAUAGAUGUCCUCACUUUACACUCUUUCUAACAACGCGUUGUUUUUACAGCUAUUCAA